UGUCUCAGCGUUCCGGGCUCGAAAGCCGCGGCGGCCCAGGGGAGCGGCUGCCGGGACGCCGCCGGGCGGGCAUGGGUUGGAAUCGGAGCCUGAACUCCGACCUGACUACAACCAACAUCAUGCGGUUACUAACUGCUCUUCAUUCACCUAUUGAUGCCUCCCAGAAAAAAACGCUGCCAGCGUUCCCAGAAAGGCCAGCUGCUAUUCCAAGAACCACCACUGGAGGGCCCCAAACACCACUAUGGCUCUCCCCAGCUUACCAUCACCCACACGAGACAGGUGCCCAGCAAGCCCAUUGACCAUAACACCAUCACUUCCUGGGUAUCACCUCAGUUUGAUACGACAGCAGAAGGCUGGUUCCCAGUGAACCAGAAGCGUCAUCAUCGAAACCAGGCAAGACAUUCAAGUCGAAAAUCCACCACCUCCAAGUUCCCACAUCUAACAUUUGAGAGUCCGCUGUCUUCCUCCGGUUCAGCCGCACUUGGGAUGCCCUUGGCCAGGGAAUGCCCUGGUCAGUCAGAAAAGCGCAUUUUUGGAAGGUCCUUAGUUCCAAUGCUCAGUCCUCAAAGCUGUGGGGAAGUGUCAGCACACGUGCUUCAAAACUUACCUUACGUAUUCAUUCCACCUGAUAUCCAGACCCCAGAGUCAUCGUUUGUGAAGGAGGGGCCCGUUUCCCCCGAUCAGAGGGAACGUAGCCUUCUGAGUGGCUCCUUCAACACUAGUACUCCCAAGAGCCCAGAGGCUGGGCCUGUUCUAGUUAAAGACACCCCUGAAGAGAAGUAUGGGAUCAAGGUCACAUGGAGGAGACGACGCCACUUGUUUACUUACCUCAGGGAGAGAGGGAAGCUGAACAAAAACCAGUUCCUUGUGAAGAACUCACUGGAUUCCUCAGACUCCAGCAGUCUUGAGAAAUUUUCAUGAAGUUGCUAAAGUACUUUUCUGGCUCGCAGGAGAGUACAUUAGGAGAAUAAAACGGAAAUAAAACCAAUAACCUCAAUAGAAAAAAGAUGUCUUAACCAGAAUUUUGGAGUCAUAAGGGAAUUCAAUUCCCAGAUUUGCUUUUUAAAAUAUCUUUCCCUAGAAAGUUUUUAGUGUCAGAAACAGUUCAUAUUUUUCUUACAUUAACUGUUUAAAAUUUUAAAGUAUCUUGUAACUAUUUAAAAUGUAUGUAAAUAAAUGGUUGCAGAAAGGUUUUAGAGACCCCAGCUUUUGAUUACCAAUCACUCAGCAAUACUGCCUUCUCCACAAAAGGUCUGUCUUCAUUGUUUUUUAAAAACCACUAAUUAAUCCUCUAAUCACCUCAUUCAAACUAAUUCAUUCCGCAUUUUUGAAUACAAUCUCUGUGUCAGGCUCAGCAGCGGCUUCCUUUAUGAUAUGAUGGGCAGGGAAACAUUAAAGCAAACUCUGCGACUUUGUAGCUGA